GCUCUGUUUGUGUGCACGCGCUACCCUGCUGUAUAGACUCUAGCAUUGCCGUUCCUAUGACAACGCGACUCUAUAGACUCUAGAGUCACGUUGGCAUAGGAACGGCCCUGCUACUACCUGCGCAUUAAUCACGUUGGAAACAUCUGGAAAUGUUCAAGGGCGAGUAUCAGGGUGGUGCCGUUGUAGAGGUCUUCAGUGCACAAGGGAAAGAUCCCGUGGCAAACUGGAAACUCAGCGGCCAGCCGUCAAUAAGCAAGAUGUUCGAUAAAGAAAUGAAAGGUUUUGUGUACAGCCUCAAAGGCAGCAGUCAAACACAUAGGAUGCAGUUACCCAAAGAUGGAAAGACGCCUCUUUUCCUGAUUCAGAAGUUCCUGGUCUUGCAGGUGAAUGUUCCUCUUGGUAAAGACUUCUCAACAGAGCUUGUUGUAACAGAUCAAGGGCACUUGAAGCGAAGGCUUUACUUGUCCACUAUCCAUAAGGAGUUCUCAGCUACCCCUCUGCAUGCCAGAAUACCGCUUAGCUGCCUCAGACGAAACAUUUGGUGUAAUCUGUACAUUGACCUUGGCUCAUUCACCACCGAGCUGUUUCGAGGGGCUGCGUUCCUGUCUCUGGAUGGCAUCAUAAUCUCAGCCUGCUGUAAAGUCAGGCGCAUCUUCACCAUGAGGACUGAACCUGCAGACCAUGUGGACAGAGAUCCUUAUGACAUAAGAAAUUAUCCUAAAGAGGAGAUUCCUAAAAGCUGCCAGUUUCCAUCUGCGAUUCAGCAUGUUACACAGCUAAUGAAUAUGGAUAGACUGAGACAGGCUGAUCUGAGAAGUGUAUCUAUCAGCUCAGAAUCUGAUCAGCUGAGUACUGGGAGACCAGCUCGGGGUCCUAAAACCCAGGACUGCUCCCAUAUUGCUUUCGGUUCGAAAGUCACAGGAUGCCCUCCUAGCACUGCAAGAAAGGGCAGUUCACUGGCAAAUGUGACCGAACACAAAGCUCAUUCAGGGAGAAGUGGAAGACUAAAGGCACAACCACCAGCUGAGCAAGCAUCUUCUGAAAGGACAGGGUCUGGGAGGCCAAAGCAGAUUUAUAAUGCUGGGAAAGAGAGAAAAGUUGCACGAAAUCAUAGAGAAAUAGACAGACAUCAGCCAAUAGAUCACUGCAUUCCAGAUCAGACAUGUAGUUCAUGUUCUCCUGAGCCAGUUCCCAAAACUUCAGAAUGCCAAUCUCCAUCUGAUUCACUCCCUGAUUUGCAUAUUCUUGAGAAUGGAAAUAGUGCCAGCAGAGGAACUUCAACCCCACUCAGUCAGGAUGAAACUGAAGAAGAGGAUGGGGAGGAGGUCUUUACUUUUUCUUCAUGUCCUCACUCAGCCAAAAGGGGUCAACUUUUCAGCGUGACCUUUGAGGGUUUAUCUUCUGACCCUAAAGUUGACAACCUAGAGUGGGACAGAGAGCGGAAAGUGGCAUGUUUGGAAGAUGACUUCAUUGGGAGUGAGGGUGAAGAGGAUCAGAGCUUCUUUGGAUUCCUCUCUCAGAGAUUUGGAGCACACACUAGUCCUGCUCCUCCUACCCUGGCUUCUGUUCCCAUUUCCAGAUCUACCUCUUCACCCAGGCUUUGCACUGAGCCAACUAAGGCCUCUACUGUUACACAUGCAUCCACACAGUCUUCCAAAGAGGGGUCCCGAAGGACUGAGAUGGCACGUGUGGCACCGACCCGCUGUCUCUCACCUUGCACUAACAAAAAAGGGAGCAGAACGGAACACUCUAGACCUGGGCAAAACAGGCCUGAUGGAGAUAUAAGGACACCCAUUAAUAGAACAUCUGUUCGAGAAAUUCCCUCUGAGGAUUUGAAGCUCCACAAUGUGAGAGAGAGCAUGAGGAGGAUGAGGAUGCCUGUGGGCUCCAGCAUAUGUGAUUUAUCUAAGAGAGCAGAGCAGGAGGAGGAUGAAGAAGAAGAGCUGCGGAUGUUAGCUAGUCUAAAAAGACAGCAGGAAGAGGAGGAGGGUGGGACCUGUGACUCAGGCCUCAGUGCUUCACAGGUUCAGCAGUGCAAUGUCAGCCUGAGUAUGAGGAGUGAUGACACUUCUACAUGGACCCAGUGUAUCCCUCUAGUGAGUUGCCAUCUGCACAUGCACACAGGCAUGUCCUCUGGUGCAUCUGAACAGGGCCAGUACUACCAGAAAGAGAUGAAUCCACUUCUCUACUCUAAUCCCAGAAGUUUGAACCUUUGUGUGAGCAGUGAACAAAAAAGAAGACAGAUUAUUUCAGAGUACAAAGAUGACAUCAAAGUACAGAGCAGGGAACCUGACAGUCAGCGCCACAUGGGAAUGGAUGGAGGUUAUCAGCCCUCCGAUAAUUCAUCCCAGACAACAGCAGACUGAGACCAAAGGAGACCACAGCAACACAUACACCAAAGGUUCUGUGGUUGAGGAGAACUGCAGCAAGGACGUGUUUCUCAGUCUGCUCUAUGAUUCAUGUCUGAACUGCUACUUUGAUCCUCAGACUGGGAAGUACUAUGAGCUGAUCUAAGUUCAGUGAAAUCAAGAAGACUGAUUCAUAUAGUCUGACAUAACAAUAUAUUCCAGAUAUCAUAUAAUAACAGGCACACUAUUAAAGCUGCAUUUUUUUUUAAAGA